AUCAACCAGCGGCAAUAAGAUUGGUGUGUUAAAAAAACACGUGUGUGACAUACGUAACACUGUGAAGUUAUUAUACGAGAAAUUGUUUAUUGGAUUACAUUCUGUCUCAAUCGUCAAUACGCUUUUGAUUAAAAAAAACACUGCAAUGUUAUCAACGACAUGGCGUCGAAGAAUAUCGAAAUUGUUCCUAAUUCCUCAGCGGUAUGUCCUCGGUAUCAUGGGUCUCCUGGCCGUCUGCAACGCCUACACGAUGCGAGUCUGCCUCAACUUGGCUGUCACACAGAUGGUCAACAACACCAAGACAGAAUCGGAACAUCAUGAUCCCAAUGCUUGUCCUGAUGAUAAUUUAAUUGUUUCCAAUGGAACUGUUAGUUUGAAACCGCAUGCAAUAUUCGAUUGGGAUGAAGCAACCCAAGGUCUAAUUCUCAGUGGUUUCUAUUAUGGAUACGCCAUCACUCACGUACCAGGAGGUUACUUAGCAGAACGUUAUGGUGGCAAAUGGACUUUGGGCAUUGGUCUAUUGAGCACAGCCUUAUUUACCCUACUAACUCCUGUUGUGGUUAAAGCUGGUGGGGCAGUAUGGUUAUUUAUUUUGAGAGUUUUGCAAGGAAUGGGUGAGGGUCCUACGAUGCCUGCUUUGAUGAUCGUUCUAGCAAGGUGGACACCUCCACAUGAGAGAUCUCGACAAGGAGCAGUGGUGUUUGGAGGAGCACAAAUAGGAAAUAUCUUCGGAUCUUUCAUGUCUGGUUUUCUUAUGGCAGGCGAUGGCGAUUGGGCUAAUGUUUUCUACUUCUUUGGAUGCUUUGGUAUCUUGUGGUUUGUUUUCUGGAGUAUACUCUGCUUCAGCACACCGAAGACGCACCCCUACAUUUCGGAUGAAGAAUUGAAGUACCUCAAUGAACACGUCACCAGUGCAGAAACGUCUAAUGUUAGAGACCCGGUGCCUUGGAGGGCAAUCGUCAGGUCCAUUCCUGUUUGGGCGCUAUUAUUUGCGGCUGUUGGUCACGACUGGGGUUAUUACACAAUGGUCACUGAUCUUCCUAAAUACAUGACAGAUGUCCUAAAGUUCAACAUCGCCACCACAGGCACCCUCACCGCCAUACCUUACCUUGCCAUGUGGAUCAGUUCCUUUAUUUUCGGCUGGGUUUGUGAUUUGUGCGUGAAGAAAAAUUGGCACAGUAUUAGAACGGGCAGGAUAAUCCAUACCACUAUUGCGGCGACUGGCCCUGCCAUCUGUAUAAUUUUGGCGUCAUACUCGGGUUGCAACCGCUUUGCAGCUGUCGCCUAUUUCAUUGUCUCUAUGGCUCUCAUGGGAGGCUUCUACAGCGGAAUGAAGGUGAACGCUCUAGACUUAGCGCCAAACUACGCAGGCUCACUAACGGCAAUGAUCAACGGCACUUCUACAAUAUCUGGUAUCAUCACGCCCUACCUCAUCGGAUUAUUAACGCCUGAUUCAACAUUAGUUCAAUGGCGGGUAGCAUUCUGGGUAUGUUUUGCCGUGCUGGUAGGUACGAAUGUAAUUUACAUCUUCUGGGCUGACGGUAAACAGCAAUGGUGGGAUGACGUCAGGCAACACGGGUAUCCGGCGAGCUGGAAACACGGUCCGUUAAAGAUGGCUCAACAGGAUAAAGAAAAGAACAAGAAAGCAGAAGCUGAAGGCACUGUUUUGUAGUUACUCUUGAAAUUGGUUGGUUUGUUAUAAUUUUGUUGUAAUGUUGUUGACAGUUUUUCUGUUUGAAAUAUUCCAAUUUUGUUUAUCAAAAAUUAGCACGUUUACUGUACAGAGUCAACAUCACGUCAAGCUUGAUACUUAUGAUUUAAAUUGAAUUCUAUGCCGGUUGAGGUAAGUACGGUUCAAGCUAUCUAGCUUGAAGCUCUUUUGAUUGUGUUGUAAGCUAAUGGUUAAGUGCUUAGAGUGGUUACACACGGCGAGUUUCUGCAGUGCGUCUGUAAGGAUUCAAUUGCGACGCACUCACUAAUCGUCUCCCUUUACACACACGCGCGAUUUAAGCAUACUAUCGCGAUACUAUCGCGAUGCAAAUAUGCCUCUGUGGCCGAACGGUUUUUUUUUAAAUAAAAUAUCAAGUGACGGGACGAACAAGUCGUGGCAUUGCCCCUGCGCCCGUCACCCUAAGACAUAAGUUGACUAGUCCCAUGUGCCUGUAAUC